CGAGCAGAUCCCACAGCAAGAGGAACCAAGAUUCCCGGAGGAACGGGAGAGAGAGAGAGAGAAAGGCCAGUUGACAGCCCUGAAGCUUGUCAGCACCAUGGCCCAGUGUAAGGUUAAUCAGGUAAAGGGGAACGAUGUAGAAAACAAGUUCUUCCGCUCUGUGUCCAUGGCAGAUCGAUCGGGGCGGCUACUGGAGACACUGGACAACUUAGAGCUGAGGGUGGAAGCUUUGCGGGAAGCAGCAGCUUCAAUGGAGCAAGAAAAGGAGACCCUCCUGGAACUGAUCCAAAGUGUGCAGAACAGCCAGGAUAUGAAGCAUAUUAGUGAUGGCGAACGGGAAGAACUCAACUUAACAGCCGAUCGUCUCAUUGGCCGAACCCUAACAGUGACGGUUUCUGUGGAAACGAUCCGGAGCCUUCAGCAGGAGGAGGCCCUCAGCAAGGCCACUGCAUUGAUUGAUGAGGCGGUCAGCAAGAUCCUGGAGGAUUUGAGAAGCACCAAGAACAGCUUAAUGGCUCUCUACAAUGCCUGCUCCUCUGACGCCCCUCAGGGCCCAGUUGACCAGAAGUUCCAAUCCAUAAUCAUAGGCUGUGCCUUGGAAGAUCAGAAAAAAAUCAAAAGCAGACUGGAAAAGCUGAUUAGAAAUGUCUCCAAUGCUAACAGAUCGAUCACCCUGUUGGACCAGCAGAAAGCGAAGCCUGGCAACUACAAUCAUGUUUACUGAAUCACUCCAUACCUGUGCUAUUUAAACAACAAAAUAUACUUAGCCACAUUGACACCAUCUUGUCAGUGAGUUACAGGUCGGAUGACUUGUAGCAAAGCUCCCGGCAGAUGGUCUCUUUUACAGCAAGAGGGGUCUAUUAACUCAGCAAACCGUCUAUUUAAACUACAAGCUGCAGAAAACACACAGUCUAUAGAGUCUGUUUAAAGGAGUCACUGCUAAUUGCAUCAAAUCAUGCUUAUGAAAAUAUUAGCAAACAGAACUCAUGGCCUUAUAAAACCUCCUGAGAAAAGCAAGGUUAUAUUUGCAUAAUUAAUUCAGUGUGUGGAGGAUAGUUACAUAAAACAAAUUAUGUGCAUAAACCAAUCCCAGUCAUCAUCAGUUCAGUCUCCAGGCGUACUCGUCAGAAGCUAUUAUCCAGUCAUCUCAAUCUAACUGGUAAUUGUGGUGUCACUACAUGCAACCCAAGAUAUGUUGACUAUAACAACGGCACUGGCACAUCAAGGAGUAACGUCCCCCUCAAAGGAAUCCUAGAUAGGAAGAAUGUGAGAUGAUUUAAGAGCCUGGAGAUACUGCUGGAGGCAAUACUCAAAAGUGAAUUGUAAUAGGUGGUAAAUCUUUCCCAUAAAUGAGUGAUAGAUACUUCCAAGGUCAAUUUCCAGUUGAAUAUACUACUGUCCAGUGUACCUUUGGUCUUUUUGCGAUUGUAUGGUUUGUGGAGACUUCCAUUCUUCAUAUGCAGACAUUCCUGAUGAGGAUUAUUUUAGUGCAGAACAUGACUGUUAAUUACAACAUCCACAAUAACAAGUAUUUUUGUGACUGCCUGCGCUCUGAUUAGGGAAAUCUCCCACAAUGUAACUAAGUAACCUGAUUUUAAAUAAAAGGAAUGAUAUUAAAACAUUCUAUAUUAGGUCCACUUACCAGUUUUAUUGGUGUAAAACUGUCAGUUUCUUAGCAAAUUAGUUUUAUUAUAUUAAAAAAAUCUUGAAAAUAUGCCCAUAUGUUCUUGUGAAAAGAGAAAAUGUAAUUUUAAAAGCCUUCUUGAAGGCUUGCCAACAAGCAGAAAUGCUGCAUGGGGAUUAAUUGUAUUUUGGGGUGUGGUCAGCUUUAAGAACAAUGUUUUUUAUAGACACUAAAUUAGAAUUAUUAUUUUAAAGCAAAAAAAUUAUGGAAAUGCAAUUGGCAUUAUGUAAUUUGUUUUUGAACCUCCAUGUUUUUUGAGGUCAGGUUUAAUUGAUUUUGGGCAGAAAGAGAAAAGUGCAUCAGAGUGGAAACUCUGACUCAGUAGUUCCAUUUAACACGUGUCUUAAAGAUUUUAAAAUACUGACUGGAAUCGAUGGUGAUGAUAUUGUACUAAGAUACAAAAGAGCAAAAAUGAUAGCUGAUUUCUUCCUACAAUACACGGCUGAAAUAUUAUUGUACGCUUGCAUUACUCACCCUAUAUGAGUGGGUUUUUCUGUAGUACCUUUCUUAAAGUUGAUUUUCACUGCUGUGAAUAAAGACUCCAAACUGGCAUUUAUAUAAAUGCCACAAAUAAAACAAGGUUCUUCAUUUCUGACAUUUUCAGCUCUAGAUAUCUGCAGAUCCAAAUGAAAAUGAG